UUGUCGAUUUGCCGUCGGCGACGCGGCGCGGCUCCCUCAGCGCCAUUACAUCGAUAAAUGUCAUAGCGGCCCGCCAGUGUAAGACGCCGUUGAGAAACCCGUCAAAAACCUGUCACUUCCCUUCUCCGCCGAAGAACGAAAUCGCUUUUUCAAAUAGUUACGCGUCCCGGUCGCGCAGCGAGAGGAUAUGUCGAGUAAACGGAAACUCGCGGUCGCCAAGCCGAAGAAUCGCACCAAGUUGCGCAAGGUUGAAUAUGACGAGGAGGACAUUUCCAGUGAACAGGACUCGGAGGUUGACGACGCCGAAGCCGGCUCAAACGCUGACGGCGAGGACGCUGCCGUCGAGGACACGCUCGCGGACGUCUCGAGCAUACCCGAGCUACCAGCUCCGGAGGGUGGCUGGGGUAAACCUGGAACAUUGCUCAUGUGUGGCCUUACUAAUUGGGAAAUGGCUGGUCGCAAAGCACCGCCGAAGGGGGUAAAAGCGAACGUAGGACGUAGUUUAUGGACGCCGCACACUUUCAAAAAUUUGAAUAAUGCAAGAGUACGACUGAUCGCAUCUGGUCCCGCUGCUUCCCACAGCAUUAUUGUUACCGAGGAUAAUAGAUGCUUAGCUUUUGGUAGAAAUGAUAAAGGUCAAUUGGGAGUUGGAGAUACAAAGCGUCGUGACGAGCCCACCGAAGUCGAAGCCUUAAAAGGACAUACGGUUAUAGGAGCGGCGUGCGGACGCAAUCAUACUCUAUUUUUAACAAGCCGCGGUAUAGUUUUUGCCGCUGGCGACAAUAAACUGGGCCAGUGCGGGGUCGGCAAGAACGACCCUUGCGUGGUGACCGCCAAGAAGGUGAAGUACACCGGACCGCCGAUAGUGAAAGUGGGAUGCGGCGCGGAGUUCUCGAUGAUUCUGGACAUCAAGGGCGGCCUGCACUCGUUCGGUUGUCCGGAAUACGGCGCCCUCGGUCAUAAUACCGACGGCAAAUACUUCGUCACGAACACAAAGAUGGCAUUUCAUUAUGAAAAAGUGCCUAAGCGAAUCAUUUUGUACGUGGAGAGAGGCAAGGACGGUCACGCGGCGCCGCUGGACCGCGUCGAGAUAACAGACUUCAGCUGCGGCCACUAUCACACAGUCGCCAUCGACAGCAAGAACCGCGCGUUCUCCUGGGGAUUCGGCGGAAUCGGUCGUCUGGGUCACAAUGAGCAGCGCGAUGAACUGGUACCGCGCCUGAUCAAGUUCUUGGAGCCACCUAAUCGCGGCGUUCGCGCGGUUCAUUGCGGCAGCACGUAUAGCAUCGCGAUCAACGUGCACGGUUCCGCCUUGAUGUUCGGCCAGACCAAGCGCACCGGCGAAGCCAACAUGUAUCCCAAGCCCAUUCAGGAUCUGUCCGGUUGGGAGAUCCGAUGCGUCGCUUGCUCGCAGACGAGCGUGGUGGUCGCGGCCGACGAUUCCGUCAUCGCUUGGGGCGCCAGUCCCACAUUCGGAGAAUUGGGCUUCGGUGAAAUGCGAAAAUCGUCGACCACUCCGAUGGAAGUGAAAGCUUUGGAGGGUUUAUACAUCACUGCCGUUACAUGUGGUUUGUCUCAUACGCUUAUGAUCUGCCGAGACGACACCGAGCAGGAAAGGGCCAAGAUUAAUAAACUCCAGGUGUACUCCGUUUAAGGUACAAGAAGUGUAUUCUUCGGUUGCGUAAACGAAUUUCUAUUGUGUCACUAUGCAGAUGAUCGAAUCGGAAGGCGGGUUCUCAUUCUUUCAGCGAACCACAGCGAUAUAUUUCGACGAAUAUUAAAUGGAGAAUCGAUAAUCUGAGAACGGUAACAGUAGAUUAACGGUAACGUCACGAAACGUCCAGGAGAGAUAAUAGGAUUAGAUAUUAUACGCUACUUUGUACUUCCAGUUUUUACUUAACGCGGGAAAGAAAGUUAAUCUGCGUAACAUUUGAAACCCAUUCUGUUAGCAGCUCAGGAUAUAGACCAAACAAGAUAGAUGCAAAAAUAUAUUUUGAUAUUUUAUUGAAGUUUGCCGCAAUUUUUCAGCAGAAUGGAAAUAGUUGUUUCUAUAUGGAGAAGCUGGAGAAACUGCAAAGAGAACGUUAUAGAACGUAGCAGUAACUGCGUUUAUUUUUAUCGCUUUCUUAAUCGAUUUACAUGUUCAAAUUGUUUAUGACAUUGAUUCAUCACAGUAGUACCUGAAUCAUUACAUCUGCAGGAAUCGUUUUUACAAUGCGUGUGCGGAGAUACUAUUUCUGUACAUGAUCAACGUGAGUGAGAUCAUUCAAGCGUAAAUAAUAUUUUAUCAAUAUAUACGAAUUAAAUUUCGACGUGUUUUAUUAAUUUAAUAAGACAAUAAUUUAAUAUUUUUUUUUUUAAUAAAAAAUAACUAAUGGAAGAUACAUAAAUCAUUUAAUUUUAUUUUUAUUAUAAUAGUAGGUUUUUACACAAACAUAUAGAACUUUAAUUUCAUUGAACACAUUAUGUAUCAUAGAGUGAUACAAGAGAGCUGUGGAAGUUGUAAGUUUCUUGCUAGAGAUUAGUGUCCAUCAAAUUCACGUAUACAUAUUUUAGGGUAUUCUUCUUUUAAGCCGUAUAGCACAAGUUUCUCGUCUACUCUAUCGCGCGUACAUGGAUACGUAAAAAAUGUUGGUCGAGUACAUGAUAAAAUAAAAGACUCAGGAAGUGCGUUUAGUAUUUCUUGUACUAAUGAACUUCCAAUUCCGAUCACUGCCAAGAUGUAUUAUGAACAUCUUUUAUUGUGAUGUCAGACAUUCAUUCCAUUCCGUUCCACGUAAUACUCUCAUGCGAUUUCUGCACUGAAAUAUUGUUCUGAUAAUAUUGAAUCUUGAGACGAAUGUACAAGUCCAAUUAUCAAAUAAACGAAUUUUUUAAGAAAUUUA